AUGUCUCGUAACGACAUCCUCGCCGGGUCCAUCGGCGGCGCCGUUGCGAAGGUCUUCGAGCACCCGUUGGACACGUUGAAAACUCGGAUGCAGACAUCUCGCCCCACGGUCGGCGCGCUCGCGCUCGCGCAGCGGACGACCGUCGCCUCCCUCUAUCGCGGCCUCGGCGCGCCGCUCCUCGCGUCCGGGUGCGAGAACGCGAUCCUCUUCACGUCGUUCAACGCGACGGCGCGACUGAUCCACGACGGCGAGCGCGACGACAUGCCGUUCCCGCGCGUGCUCCUCGCGGCGAGCGUCUCCGCGGUGGCGGUCUCGCACUUGCUUACGCCCGUCGAGUACGUGAAGGUCCGCAUGCAGUCCGCGCCCCUCCUCGCGAACCCGGGCGCGAGCGCGCGCGGCUCGCUCGCGUGCGUCGCCGACGCGAUCUCGCGGCGAGGCGUCGCCGGCCUCUACAAGGGCCAUUGCGCGAUGCUCGCGCGCGAAGUGCCCGGCAACGUCGCCUGGUUCUCGGGCUACGAGCUCGCGGCGCGCGCGCUGACGCCCGCGGACCGACGACGGUCCGAGCUCGCGACGUGCGCGGCCGGCGCGUUCGCGGGCAUGGCGUACUGGGCCGUGCCGUACCCGGUCGACACGGUCAAGUCGUCCAUCGUCGCGGGCACGCACGGCCUCCCCGCGGGCGUCCCGCCGACCCUGGCGAACGUCGCGAAGAAGCUCUACGCCGACGGCGGUCUGCGGGCGCUGUACCGCGGCUGCCCCCUGACCGUCGCGCGCGCCGCGCCGGGCAACGCGAUCCUGUUCACGGUCUACGAGGCCGUCCAGCGCCGCCUGAGUCCCCCUCCGAAGUAA